AGUCUGUCGAACACAAAGGUAUUAUCGAUGUUCCUCCUAGUUAACUGCAGAGUUUCAGCAGCUGAAGCUCUGUAUAUUUUCAAUUUUCUUCUUUUACAGGUUUUCAUUUGGGCAGCAGUGGUGGCUGUGUCAGCACAACCCCAGGGCUACAACCUACCAACGCCCUCUGGACCGUCCUUUGGCCCGUCCGUUGGGCCGUUUGUUGGCCCGUCCGUUGGGCCGUCCGUUGGGCCAUCUGUUGGCCAGUCCUCAGGUGGAUGCAGUCCUGGCCAAGUGCGACAUGUGGACGGUAGAUGCGUGACUCCGCGAGAAAACAGAAAAGUGUUCUUGUAUGAAGUUCCUUCGAACGUGGUGUUCAACGGCGCUCCAGUCAACAUCCCCGAGCCAACAGUGGAGACCAACAUCGUGCUCAUCCGAACGCCCGAGGGAUUACUGGGACCCGAACCUGUUGUUGUGCCUCCUCCGAGACAGCAGCACGUGGUGUACGUACUCAACAAGCAGUCUGAACACGACCAGAGGGUGAUCGAGGUCACAGCGCCACCGCCAUCCGAGCCUGAGAUUUACUUCGUCAACUACGCUGAAGGCGAGAACCCAACUCUUCCUAGCGGGGUGGAUCUACAGAGCGCUCUGGGUGCUGCCACUCAAGGUGGCGGUCAGGUGAUCGAGGGAAGUGGUAUAAGUGGUGUCGGUGGCAGUUUUGGCAGUGGUAUCGGCGGCAAUUUUGACGAUUUUUAA